UGUGGUUGAGGACCUCUCUCUCGAGUCAACCACUUGCUCUUGGUACCCAACAUUUUUGUUGUCUAUUCUUUGUGUUUUCCAUCGAAGCUAAAGAAGCAAUCUGCAGAGGGGACCUACAGUGAGUUUUCAAAGAGCUAAUAAGGAUUGCAAAGUGACUAGACCGAGCAAGGCUGCAUCUGAGUCAACAUUUGCUCGACUUAGCGCAACCGGCCACGUUCCACCUGCUCUUUCUUAAGCACUUGGCCUAUUCUUUAUGAUUUCCAUUGAAGCUAAAGAAACAAUAUUAUGCAGAGAUCGAGGCGGCCUACGGUGAGUUGUUAAAGAGGUAAUUAAGUUCCAUUACGUUUCUUCACUUUUCUUUCUUAAUUUUGUGAUUUUUCUCUUCUCUGACGUCGUACUACGUACAAUAUAUAGACAGUUUUGUGGUUUUUGACCUUUCAUUUGAUCUGAAUUGGGAAAUUUAAUAAAUGAACAGGCUAGCUCGUUUUCCAGCGUUGACAUAAACGUGAGAAUUGGUGAUUUCUUUUAUGUGGGUGUUUGAUCUCUUGUGAGCAAAAGAAUACCAAAGACCAUGCACCAAUGCAUUCUUUUUUUUUAUAGAUAUAACGUGCCAUUCACAAUAUUUGCAAUUGAAGAGUUGCAUCUGUUGAAUACAUACAAUCCUUUAAAGAUCAGUAAGAUCAUUUGUGACAGGUUCUCUGCAACAUAUAUAGUGUUUCUUUCGGAAUAUGAUGCUUGUUGACGGAGCUGAUCCUGUUUCCAUUCGUAUUCAUGAAAAGCUUAUUGGAUUAACUCCAAAUGCCCCAGAAUGUUGUAUAUUUAGAGUGCACACCCAGUUACGCAAGACAAAUGAAAAGGCAUACGAGCCUCAAUUACUUGCCAUUGGUCCUUACCACCGUGGCAAGGAUGACUUGAGGCUUAUGGAAAACCACAAAUUGCACUAUUUACAACUACUUCUUCACAGGAGAAGAGAGAGCAAUGUGGAAACAUACAUUAAGGCCAUUAGAGAAUUGGAAGGAAGAGCUCGUGAAUUCUAUGCAGAACCCAUUAGCCUAACCACGGAUGAGUUUGUAGAAAUGAUGUUACUUGAUGGGUUUUUUAUCAUUGAGUUGCUUCGCAAGCGUACAAUGAAGGUUCUAAUGGAUGAAUAUGACCCAAUCUUCCAAUUGGGUUGGAUGUUCUAUAGCUUAAUGCGUGAUCUACUGUUAUUCGAAAACCAAAUUCCAUUCUUUCUUCUCACUAAAUUGUUCGAGAUGACUGAGGUUCCUAACCGGCAGAACAACCUUAUUGAUGUAGCCAUACAUUUUAUCAGAGUCUCAUUACCAUGUGGAGGCCAUAUCUGUUUAUCAUGCGAUGGAUCGCUCCAAAACAUUAAGCAUCUACUUGCUUUGGUAUAUAAAUCUUUCACUUCACCAUCUGUAGAAAUUGGGAUAGGUUGGAGUAUUGUACAUGAGGAAGAGUGGAGUUCGAUACCUAGCGCCAUAGAACUUCAAGAGGCAGGAGUCAAAUUCAAGAAGCUAGAUAAAGGUACCCUUUUUGACAUAAAGUUCAACAAUGGGGUGAUGGAAAUUCCACUUAUGAAAAUAGAAAAACGAUCAGAAUCUAUCUUCCGAAAUUUGGCGGCGUAUGAGCAAUAUAGUCAAAAUAAUCAUCUCAAAUUCUUCACAGGCUAUGUGAGCUUCAUGGGCUAUCUCAUCAACUCUCCGAAGGAUGUUGAAUUUCUUCGUAGACGAGGAAUUAUUGAAAAUUUUUUGGGUGAUGAUGAAGCUGUAUCCACCAUGUUUAAGAACCUUCGUGACAAUGCCAUUGUAUUCAACUUACAUUUUGCUGAACUUUUCAGAAAUGUGAACAAGUAUUGCCGCAGACAUCAGAAUGUAUGGAUUGCGAAUUUGAAGCACAAUUAUUUCAGCAGUCCGUGGGCAUUUAUUUCAUUUCUUGCAGCUGCCUUAUUGCUUCUACUUACUUUAACACAGACCAUAUUUUCCAUUCUCUCUUAAAUUUUCAAGUCAUAAGUACACAAUAUUAUUGUCGUUCUCAAUUGAUGUAGUACAAUUUUGAACAAUAUUUUAGCAAUGCUUGAUCAGUUACAUGC